AAUUUUCAUUUAUGGACGCUUUCCCGUAAAAUCCCAAAUCCUGAAAGCAAUUUAUAUAACCCUAAAUCAUUCCACUGCAUUCUUGUUCGAAACCAGAGCGAGCGGCGAAAACCUCGAUCUCCAUGGCCACCGUUCGCCUCCUCCGCAUCCGCGCCGCCCGCGUCCCUUCCUCGUCCCCCCGGCUGCCUCCGCUCCUCGCUCGAUUCUCGCGAACGCAUUCCACCACCACCGACGCCGCUCCCGACGCUGCCUCGCCGCCUCCCGUGCCCCAUCGCCGCUACCCACCCCCUCGGCCGCACGAGUUCUCUAAGCCGUGCGAGCUCAUCGGGACCUGGACUCCAGGCGCCAACCCUCGGGAGGCGGCGGCGAGGCUUGAUCGGCUGCAUCGGGACUACAGGAAGCAGAUGAAGCAGGUCCGAGCCAAGUACGCGUACGAGAUGGAGCUGCUGAGGAUCGAGAACCAGCGCAAGGAUGACGCCCGGCGUGAGGCUGCUCGCCUUGCCAACGAGGAGCGGAAGAAGGCGAAGGCUGCUGCAGCCGAGACCCGCGCUGCGGAACGGAAAGCCUUCAAGGAGGAGCUUCGCCUAACCCUAUUGAAAGAAAGAACUCAGAAAUUGGAAAGUUGGAGGGCAAAAGAGAAUCUGAGGGAAGAAAAGGAAGCCGAGAAAAAAGAGCUUUUACGUCGCCAGAGUUCCGUGUGGAUUAAGGAUGAAAACUUUGAGAGAAGAAUGCUGGAGGCAAUAGUUGAUACCACACCCCUCUAGUCAAAUCUGAUCUUCGUGAGAUUAAAGGUUUGUCCCCUUUCCAACUUCAUUUUGAUGCUUUGGAUGCUGCUUAGUCCAAUAAUAUAAUGGAACUGCUAUUGCACAUACAUAAAGUAAAAGCCAAGGAUAAUAGUUUCACGCCUCAUUGGUAUCUUUUGGCUUUUAAAUUAGCUUUGCACAUUUGAUCACGAGUUUGACAAAUUGUUAUAACAAAUGUAGCAAAUAACAAUUAUUUACUAUGUUCGUUUUUUCUAUGCAACAUUGAUAUUGGUAGAAAUGAUAUAGUAAAAUCAUCCAAUCGUUGUAUGCAA